AUACACACACUGUACGUAUACACACAUUUGGUAUGUUCACCGCACUGCCUACAGUUUCUCUCUCCUCUCUUCUAGAAUUCUCCACGCCCUACGCAGCAGCCGCAUAGCGGUCGUUAUCUCUCCUCGUCCAGAUCUAACGCGUUUACAACUACAUAAAUUGCUCAAUUGUUUCCGUGGGAUCGUUUUGGUGUGGAAUUGGAAAUAGUUGACCAGAAGGACAACAAAAUCGCCUGUUUACAGUGUUUACAAUCAUCUGUAAGGUAGCGCAAAUAUCUGAAUUUCGAAAUUCAUUCAGAUUACAGAGACAAAUUAAAUGGAGGAUUGGGAGGACGAGUCAAUUCCACCUGUUAUCCCAAAGGAGCAGCCGAAGAAUAGAUGGGAUGAUGAGGAUGCAGAUGACAAUGAUGUGAAAGAAUCUUGGGAGGAUGAAGAUGAUUCAGCUCCGGCGCCUGCAGCUGAACCUCCUGCUCAAAAGGUCCCCAAGAAGUCCGAGGCAAAAACUAGUGAAAAGAAAGGGAAAACAGUUGAAAUAGCAAAGGAAGUGCCCCUAGAUCCUGUAGCAGAAAAACUUCGUCAGCAAAGGCUUGUGGAAGAAGCUGAUUAUAAAGCCACUGCUGAACUGUUCUCUAAGGGAGGAGAUGAGAAGUCCCUUGAUAAUUUCAUUCCCAAAUCUGAAAGUGAUUUCUUGGAGUAUGCAGAGCUCAUUUCUCAUAAGCUCCGUCCAUAUGAGAAAAGUUUCCAUUAUAUUGGAUUACUCAAGUCUGUAAAUAGACUGUCAAUGACUUCUCUGAAAGCCGCAGAUGCAAAGGAGGUUGCCUCCUCUGUGACUGCAAUUGCAAAUGAAAAGCUAAAAGCAGAGAAGGAAGCCAAUGCUGGUAAAAAGAAGACAGCAAAGAAGAAACAGCUACUCGUUGAUAAGCCUGAUGAUGAAGCGGUUGUUGCUGGCUAUGAUGAUUUUGAUGAUUACGAUUUUAUGUGAGCAUUUUGGUGUACGAGUUACCAUCAUGUCUAGAUUUUUUCAAAAGAAUUAGGAUCUUGUGUUUACAACUUUAACAAUGAGAUGAAUAUCCUUCGGCCGGCUUUUCUGCUCCUGCUCCAAAAAUUAUGGACUUGAUUGAGAGUGUCAAUACUGCAGCUUGUUGAAUAAAAAGAUCUUUUAACGUUCCUCCUCGUUUGUUACAGUCAAUUGCUGGUUUCAAAUUUUUUGCCUACACGUCUGGACGCUUAUUGAUACAAUCUUACUUGAUCAAUGAAUAUAAGGAUCUGAGUUUGAAUUUAACUUUGUUGUUCACUAGAUUCUAGUUCGUAGUUUUCUUUCCUUUGCUUCCAUGCACCGAAAAGAAAGAAUUGUAUUUGUUGCGUGAGUCUGAAAUGUUCCUGUUGAAAAUUGGGAUGUUAUACAAACGAGCAAAAGCUGCCAUUUGCUUUGUGAUAGCAUCAACAUUAUGAUGAUAAUGUCUGGAAGGACCAAAUCUGGAAUGUAGUUUUCUUUUUCUUUUAUCUUAUGGCAGGCUAUAUUUGCAAUCCAA